AUAUCAACACCAAAGCCGGAGGCAAACCAAAAACCAAAGCAAGCUCUCUCUCUCUCUCUAACUUCUCUUUCUGUAUGUAUUUUCUCUCUCUAGAACAGGAAUCCUCCUGAUGCUCUGUUCUUCAAUUCAUUAGGGUCUGUUUGGAACUCUUCUUUCAAUUAAUGGAAAAACCAAAUAAGAUGGUGGAGCGAGCUUUGGAUGGUUUUUCUCCAGUAUCUUCCACUCCGAUUUUCUGGAAAUCCAGGAAGAGAUCAGUCAUUUGUAGUACAAAAUUGAUCAAUAUCUGUAGCAAUGCCCCCGUGAAGGAUGAAUUUGUGCAUUCGAAUACUUGCCAUCAAUUGCGAAAUCGAAUGUUCUAAUUUAGCAGCUAGUGUUCAGAACAUGGACAAAGUAACCGAUGCUACCACUGACAAAAUACCUGAAAAGCAGGAAGAUUCUCAAAUGGAAGAGAAGCAAGAGGACUCAACAACAGCUUCUGUUCUUUCUGAGAAACGCAAGGCUCUUUUUGAACCCUUGGAACCCAUAAAAAAUGUCAAUGGUCGACGACCGUCGGCUGAAAGCUUACUCCCUCCGCCAGAUUUUGAUACUGCAAGCUAUCCCCGAGGCUGGCUGAUAGGGAAGAAGCGAAAACUCGUCAACGUGGACGUUGUUGAGAGCAUGCGGAGGAUUGCUGUGCAGGAAAUGAACAGAAAGGACAGAGAGAUUGAUGGGCUAAAUGAGCAGUUAGAAGAGGAUGCACGGUGUCUAGAACAUCUUCAACUCCAGCUGCUCGACGAACGGAGCAAGCGUGCCAAUAUCGAGAGAGAAAAUGCAAUGCUGCAGAACCAGAUAAAUAUGCUAAUGAACAUGUUUCAGGAGAACGAGGCAAUGGAUGACGAAGGCUCGGAGGAGCCAUAAUCGUUGGGCGUGCGUUUGGUAAAAAUUCUUUUGUAAAUUUCUUUUGGCAAGUAGGUAGAAUAGAAUUAUACACGUGCAACUUUCGUUUAUGUAUAUGUUGUUGCAAGUAUGUUGUUGCUCAUGCUGGUUUUUGUUGUAAUUGAGUGAUUUUCAUGUUGUAAUAUCGUUAUAUUUAUAAUAUGUAUGCACUUAAUUUGUAUUAA